CAAGUGCGGGCGCGCAUGCGCAGUGCUGCCUUUGUGUUGCUGACUGCAGAGCCGACUAGCUGGUUACUAGCACACACGGCUAGCCUCAAACAUUUAGACGACACAGAGGUAGCUAGCAGGUUAGCCUUGCAGCUAAUCAUGGUGAACGUAAAGAAGCGGAAAGGUCGUGUCGUGAUUGACUCUGACUCCGAGGACAGUGCUAGUGACGAUAAUUUAGAUCAGGAGCUCCUGUCUUUGGCAAAGAGGAAGAGGGUUGAUUCUGGGGAUCAGGAAGAACCGGUCAGCAAACCUGCAGCUUCUACAGACUCAGAGACAUCCGACAGUGAUGAUGAGUGGACUGUGGGUGGCACCAAAGGCAAAAAGAAGGUUAAGCCAGCGAAAGGGUCCGAUAAGAAGAAUGCUACAAAGAAGAAGGUUAAUAAAGCAACGGCGUCUGGCAGCUCAGAUGGAGGCAGCUCAGCUGAGAGCUCUGCACCAGAGGAGGGCGAGGUGUCCGACUCCGAAAGCAACAGCUCGUCUUCCAGCUCCGACUCGGACUCUUCCGAGGACGAGGUAUUCAGGGACGGUUACGACGACGACUUGAUGGGAGACGCGGAGGACCGAGCUCGCCUGGAGCAGAUGACGGAGAAAGAGAGAGAGCAGGAGCUGUUUAACAGAAUUGAGAAGAGAGAGGUGCUAAAGAGACGUUUUGAAAUCAAGAAAAAGCUGAAGACUGCAAAGAAGAAGGAGAAGGAGGAGAAGAAGAAGAAGCAGGAGGAAGAGCAAGAAAAGAGGAAGCUAUCUCAGGUUCAAGACACACAAGUGGUCAUGUCACACAACAAGGAAAGACGAUCCAAACGCGACGAAAAACUAGACAAGAAGUCCCAGGCCAUGGAGGAGCUCAAAGCUGAGCGCGAGAAGAAGAAGAACAAAACAGCGGAACUGUUGGCCAAACGUCAGCCCCUGAAGACCAGCGAGGUUUACUCCGACGACGAAGAGGAGGAGGAGGAAGACGACGACAAAUCCUCGGUUAAGAGCGAUCGGAGUUCCCGUUCAUCGUCUUACGAUGACGACGAUAAAGAAGAAACUCCCCCGAAGUCGCAGCCUGUCUCGUUACCGGAUGAGCUCAACAGGGUCCGCUUGUCCAGACACAAGCUGGAGCGCUGGUGCCACAUGCCCUUCUUUGCCAAGACGGUGACCGGCUGCUUUGUGCGGAUAGGGAUCGGAAACAGCAGCAGCAAACCGGUUUAUAGGGUGGCGGAAAUUGUGGACGUGGUGGAGACGGCAAAAGUUUACCAGCUUGGAACGACGCGAACAAACAAGGGAUUACAGCUAAGGCAUGGCGGUGACACGCGGGUGUUCAGGCUUGAGUUUGUAUCAAAUCAGGAGUUUAUGGAAAACGAGUUCAUGAAGUGGAAAGAAGCGAUGAUUGUUGCUGGAAUGCAAGUACCGACUCUUGACGAAAUCACCAAAAAGGAGCAAUCCAUCAAAGAAGCACUGAACUAUAAGUUCAAUGACAAAGACAUAGAGGAUAUUGUAAAAGAGAAGGACAGAUUCCGAAAAGCGCCACCGAAUUAUGCCAUGAAGAAAACUCAGUUACUCAAAGAUAAGGCCAUGGCAGAAGAGACUGGAGACUCUGACAAAGUGAAAGGGAUCCAGGUGGAGCUGAAUGAGCUGGAGGAAAGAGCUGAGGCCCUCGACAGGCAGCGGACCAAAAGCAUCUCUGCCAUCAGCUACAUCAAUCAGAGGAACAGAAGCUGGAACAUUGUUGAAUCUGAGAAAGCUCUUGUGGCAGAAGGACAAAAUGCCAAAAACCAACAGAUGGACCCUUUCACACGAAGACAGUGCAAACCCACCAUGGUGUCUAAUGCCAGAGACCCUUCAGUCCAUGCAGCUAUUCUCGCUCACCUGAACCAAAAGUACGGCUCUGGGUCGGACGCUGCACCUGACGCUGCCGGCUCCGACAAUAACAAACUGGGUCAAUUAAACUCAAAAGACAAGGACGGCCCCAAGCCUAACACCGACCUCUCUGAGGACUUGUUUAAAGUUCAUGAUUUUGACGUUAAGAUUGACCUACAGGUUCCCAAUGCAGAGGCAAAGUCUUUGUCUGUGAGCUCCAACGCGCUGCCGGUGAAGGACGGCGCUCCCCGCAGGUCCCUCAACCUGGAAGACUACAAGAAGAGGAGGGGACUAAUCUGACACGGUUCUCCAUCAUUCAGUAACCACAUUGAUGUGUAACUUACUGUGCGAAAGAGAGAGAAAGAGAGAGCGUAUGUUUGUGUAAAUGUGUAUGGUUGAGUAUAUGUGUGUGGUUGAGAAAGUGAGUGAGUGGGUGUGCGUGUGAAUCCCUGAGGACGUAUGUUUGAAUGUUGAUACAGACUGUUUAUCUGAACACAGAGGAUAUACUGAUUGAGCAAAGAUAACAUUUUUCUCGAUGGAUCUCUCUCGGAGGAAACAGAUAUUUGUUGUUUUGUUAUUUUUGCAUUACCACACACAAACUUGUAUAUUGAGUUGUGUUUUUUUUAUGUAUUUAACUUCUAUCCCCGUUUUUGGAUCUUCUGGCGCCCACUCCAUAUUUUUGGUCUCUUUUUUUUUUUUGAACGGACAAAGCGCUUGUGGAUUAUUGCCUUGAACAAGGACACUAUGGUAGAAGACUCAAAUCGUUGAGGCGAAAUUACUGGGCUGGAUAUCUAGACUAGCUGAUCAGCUAGUCCUGAACAAUAAAUUACUGUCCAAAAUCUUUUCCCCCCUGUGUGUGAUCAUCUGUUCUGCCCUUCCAUACAGAUUUUAGCAGCCUUGUUUUUUUGGGGAGUUUUUGCGCAGUAUAGAUGAUCACCAUCUCUGACUCGUCCGUGCUUCUGGCCCCCCAUGACAAAUGUGAAAGAUUCUGGACGUUUCUCUUUUUAUGUCUUUGAAAUGACUCCAUUUCAGAGGAACCCUUUUCUACGACUGGUUAUCAAAGUGUUGCUUAAUUUCUGUUAUCUCUUUGUUGGUGGUUCAUGGGAUAACCCCCCAGCCCUUAACUCCCAGAGCAGAUUCUAUGUGUUAUCAAUUGUGUCCAUAGUCAGUUCCUGUAUUGAUGUGGCAUGCCGUGUAAAUAUGCAUUUUGGAGAGAGAGCAGAAAAAAUAAAGAGGCACUGUU